GUCAACAUCCCUAUUGCAUUAGCGAGCGAAUGGAUCGGACUAUAGAUCCGAUAUCGCGACAUAAAACAACUUCAAACAAGAGAACCAGCAUUGUUUGGAUUUUGCAAAGAUGCAAAGACAGCGUGUAAGUUCAGCUACCUGUGAUUCCUGCAACAGGCUAUUAACCAAAUUCAUGAACCAUGCUUCAAAAGUAAUAUUAAUUAAUGUAAAAUUAGAAACAAUAAAUUCCAUAUAUAUUUCAAUAUAUGAAUUGCUUUAAAACAACAAAAACAUUCAUUUUUAGCCAACAUUUCUUAACUUUAUUUUAAUGUAUGCAACUUACAUAACAUCUAGAAACACUUUCGGGGUUAGAACAUGGUACCGCCAUAUUGUUUUUCAUACUCACUUGUUAUACUUUUGGUGUUUUCUUUAAAUUGAAAUACAAUACAAUGGCAAAUACAUCUACUGCAUUAAAUCGUACAUCGAUUAAAAACCUCGAAGUUGAUUUACCGAAUGUAAUGCUAAUUGCAUUACUCAUCGGUAAGCAGCCGCAUCGCUGUUUCAAACCUCUUGACUACGGCAAGGCACCAGUAUCCACUGAAGAACGCGCUGUUUGGAAUUUUACGGUACGAGAUAGUCCACGCGACUAUAUCAAUGUUACUUUUUGGGGUAAACCUGAUACAAUCAUUGAAAUAACUUGUCCUCGGAUAAGCCUUCGUAAGGCAACCAACGUCGGUGAACAAUUUUGUCCUGUGGUAACCAGUCCUUUUCAUCUAACUAUCAAUGAAGACACUGGUAAUGCACAAAAAGUUCGUGGAUAUUCUAUUCCAGCACUGAUGCGACUGCUGAAUUUGCCGACAAAACCUAUGUUUAAUUAUACUACAAUUGAUUAUAUUUUCAAAAAUAUCCACCAGAUAAACGGUCUUUUGUUUGAUUUGUUAGUGGCAGUACGUCAAGUAGGUGAAGUGCGCUUUGUUUCAACUAAAAAUGGUAUGCAACAAUUGCGCAAAGUGAUUGUAUUUGACAGUACUAACCCGGCAAUGGCUAUAACUUUCUGGAACUCUGACGAUACAACAAGGGCAAACAUGUGGAAGCCGAGAGAAACAAUUUUGUUCAUCACAGAUUGUAAAGUGCAAUACGACACCUUUUCCAACAGUGCAAUUGGUACUCCAUCAAUGAAAACUAUUAUCACCGAGAAUCCGGAAGGAAAAGAAGGCAAUAUCUUGAAAAACUAUGCAAUGAACGCGCAUUUGCACAGUUCCGCAGUUAUGGAUCAAUUGCUUGGAGUUAUGCCAGAACCGGCUUUUAUCAAAACGAUAAUGAAUAUACGUGAAAUUCAACUCAAAUUGAACCAAAUUAGUAAGACAAAGUCAGUUAGAGUAGAAGAGAAUCAAUUUGCUGUCAUUUUAUACGCAUACGUGACCAAACUAGACAUUGAUGGUCUCUCAAGAAUAUUCAGUACUCGUUGUUCCCUUUGCAAAAGUAUGACCAAUCAGUUAGAAGAAUGUCAAAAUCCAAUUUGCUUGUCCAAUACAUCUAACCAAGUGAUGGAUCUUGACAAAAUCUUUGAUUUACGCAUUGAAGUAUCGGAUAGAACCGGUACAUUAACGCAAUGUCGAUUGAGUGGACAAAACGCAGAAACUGUAUUUAAUUGCAGUCCUUCUGAAUUUUCUUCAAUGUCGGAUGAAGAAAAAUGGAGAAUCAAGUGGAAAUACCUAAUGGAAUUCUGUGAAUUGCGUUUGGUUAUCUUGUUAAAAAAUGAUAGACCAAUGAUAACAGUUUUGACCUGUACACGAGCGGAUGUGAGCGUUCACGGGGUAAAUUAAUUCUUUUUAAUUCAAAAUCAUUUAAAAAUAAAUAACUACAUUUAA